AUGGCUAAAAAGGCUGAUACCCUUAAACUUGAUGAUCUUCCAACAGUAGAUGAACAAUUAAGAAAACGUAUAGAACAAAGACAAAAGUUCAUCAAUUCUGGCAGAAAUCCUUAUGAUGUUGACUACAUGUAUCAAGCCAGAGGAUCUCUUACAACUCAAUUUCUUUUCGAAAAUUACAAUAUGCUUGAGAAACAAGAUAAGAACUUAUUAUACAAAACUUUUAUGCGCUACAUCAAAUACGGAUUAUUAAGUCUCGUUGGAUCUGUUGCUGUUAACAUUGGCUUAGGAAGAUUGACAAGAGGCAAAAUAUUCGACCUUCCCUUGUUUCUUAGAGCCACAAUAAGAACAUCAUUAUUUGUAGGGCCUCCUGCAUAUGUUUAUAUUCAACAAUUUGAUCAAACUUAUGAUAGAAUUCAUCUUUACUUAGAAGAUAAAUACGCUCCUAGAAUAGAACAAUUUAUAAAAAGCGGUGACCCAUCAGUUAUUAACCCUCAUUUCUCAGAAGAAAACCCAUAG